UGGAUAGAUUUCAGGCUUUAAACUUACAAGAGAGUUUCAUGUGGCGCAUUGGUUGAUCUACAGCUGACCCGCCACGAUAACGAAUUAUUUCCACGACUCCACACUGGCUGAACUCACAGCACAGCAAGAAAGCUCCGGGUCUAGCAGCCUCAGCAAAGAUGCCAAGUCGAGAUUAAAUCACGCUUGCCCAAGUAAAGAUCAUUUACACACCAUGUGGACACAUAAACUAGUAUGAUCAUUUCUAGCUCGAAUAAGCCGACCCCCUUGAUAUUUUGAACACUUAAUCUAAAUCAGCUUAAUUGCCUAUAUCAAUAGGCUUAACAGUAGAUAAAAUGGAAAAGGUAUCAUCAAUUCUCAAGUACCUAAAGCCCUAGUAUUGAAAGAGACACUCUAGCCAUCUUAGCCACGAUGUCCAGCUUCACAUCCUACCAAUCGAAUAAUUCGAUGAUGUCGUGGGACGACAAACACAUGCAAGAGUCAUGGGGUUAUCAUCUUCCAGUCUCGUUCCUCCCGCCAAACAUAUGGUUCAGCCCCGGCUCAUCAGCAGGCGAAAUCUCCAGACAUAUCGAGCCGUUCCGGGGCUCGAUACCUGCAUGGGUUAAUCAAAGCUGCUGGACAAAUCUACCGCCAUCAGAAAGAACUAACGAAUUCAGCCUCUCCUCGACACAGUAUGCCUGGUACUCGUCCGACAACAUUGAGACAUGCUUCGCCGACAAUCGAUCCUCUUCAUACGUUCAUUUCCCCCGCAAAGGCGUCGCCACUGCGACCCUACACAGCACCUACCGUCAGAGCAAUCAAUGGCCGCAGUGGCCGGCGACAAAGGACCAGCAUUCAGAGACUCCUUCCAAUGCCGAUACUGAAUCUUCAUCUCGUUUACAAUCAUCUUCCGUCUCUCCUGGGCAAUACACCCGACCUGGACUUUUCGAAGACACACCAUCUACCUCAUCGGAUGAUAAUGAAAUACCGACAAAUUCCGAAGCUUUGCAAUUACAAUGGGGAUCAGACUCAUCUUUCGAUUCCAACAUGUUUAUUCCGCCAACACUUCAGGCCAGUAAAUCAAAGGCCACUGACACGUGGCUAGCCUGGAUCGAGAGCAUCACAGCCUCCGAGACAGUACAAUGGGCCAGUGACAUCAUGCACCAGCAGGUGAGCCUCUGCGGGUCUGUCGAGGCUGCCCACGGUCAUGGACUAGAUGAUAUACAAAAAAGGGCGGAGAUAACUGUGCUGGGAAGGGGUAUUCAAGCAAAGACACUACAUGACGACCGCACGGCCGCUCAAAAGGUUCACCUACGUGCAGAGAAGCGACGGCAAAUCCACAACAAUUCUGAACGCAAACGGCGAGAACAGCUGCACCAAGGCUUCCUUGACCUGUGUGACAUCGUCCCAGGCUUGAAUAUUCGCACACACACGCGGAAGGAGAUUCUCUUCCGUACUGCCAGAUGGCUGGAGCAGUUCCUCCAGGAUAAUGAGCGUCUAAAAGACCAGCUAGGCCAGCUAACUGCAGUCAAUAAAGCCCGAACGGUCCACUAAUGAAGAUCAUGUGUCAUUAUUGUCCGAUAUUGCGUGAAUAUCUCAAAUCCUUUCAGUGAUUUCUUCUUUUAAUGUUGUCUGAUCGGGUAGCGGAUAAUAUUGGAUCCCAGUUCUAUUACCUUUGAAGAAGGGGAACUAAGCAUAAUACCAGUUUUGUGAUAUAUUCCGGUCCUACCAACGUAUAAC